AUGACUAUGGCCGGGGGCAGGAGGGGACUGGUGGCCCCGCAAAACACAUUUCUGGAGAAUAUCGUCCGGCGGUCCAAUGAUACUAAUUUUGUGUUGGGGAAUGCCCAGAUAGUGGACUGGCCUAUUGUGUACAGCAAUGAUGGAUUUUGCAAGCUGUCUGGCUAUCACAGGGCAGAAGUGAUGCAAAAAAGCAGUACCUGCAGUUUUAUGUAUGGAGAGUUGACUGAUAAAGACACAAUUGAAAAAGUGCGGCAAACCUUUGAGAACUAUGAGAUGAAUUCCUUUGAAAUUUUGAUGUACAAGAAGAACAGGACACCUGUGUGGUUCUUUGUGAAAAUUGCUCCAAUUCGAAACGAACAAGAUAAAGUGGUUUUAUUUCUUUGCACUUUCAGUGACAUAACAGCUUUCAAACAGCCAAUUGAGGAUGAUUCAUGUAAAGGCUGGGGGAAGUUUGCUCGGCUGACCAGGGCACUGACAAGCAGCAGGGGUGUCCUGCAGCAGCUGGCUCCCAGCGUGCAAAAAGGUGAGAACGUCCACAAGCACUCCCGCCUGGCAGAGGUUCUGCAGCUAGGCUCAGACAUCCUUCCCCAAUAUAAACAAGAGGCACCAAAGACUCCUCCUCACAUCAUCCUACAUUACUGUGUUUUUAAGACCACAUGGGAUUGGAUCAUCUUAAUCUUGACUUUCUACACAGCCAUCUUGGUCCCUUACAAUGUCUCCUUUAAAACCAGGCAGAACAAUGUGGCCUGGCUGGUUGUGGAUAGCAUCGUGGAUGUCAUCUUUUUGGUGGACAUUGUGCUGAAUUUCCAUACCACCUUUGUUGGACCAGCGGGGGAGGUGAUUUCCGACCCCAAACUCAUCCGUAUGAACUACUUGAAGACAUGGUUUGUGAUUGACCUUCUGUCCUGUUUGCCAUAUGAUGUCAUCAACGCUUUUGAGAACGUGGAUGAGGUUAGUGCCUUUAUGGGUGAUCCAGGGAAGAUUGGUUUUGCUGAUCAGAUUCCACCACCACUGGAGGGGAGAGAGAGUCAGGGCAUAAGCAGCCUGUUCAGCUCUCUGAAAGUUGUCCGGCUGCUACGUCUUGGGCGAGUGGCCCGUAAACUGGACCACUACAUUGAAUAUGGAGCUGCUGUGCUGGUGCUGCUGGUGUGUGUGUUUGGGCUGGCUGCACACUGGAUGGCCUGCAUCUGGUACAGCAUCGGGGACUAUGAGAUCUUCGACGAGGACACCAAGACGAUCCGCAACAACAGCUGGCUCUACCAACUGGCAAUGGACAUUGGCACCCCUUAUCAGUUUAAUGGGUCUGGCUCAGGGAAGUGGGAAGGUGGUCCAAGCAAGAAUUCUGUCUACAUUUCCUCAUUGUAUUUUACCAUGACCAGCCUCACCAGUGUGGGCUUUGGGAACAUUGCCCCAUCCACAGACAUUGAGAAGAUCUUUGCAGUGGCCAUCAUGAUGAUUGGCUCACUUCUCUAUGCCACCAUCUUUGGGAACGUGACAACCAUUUUCCAACAAAUGUACGCCAACACUAACAGGUACCAUGAGAUGCUCAAUAGCGUUCGGGACUUCCUGAAACUCUACCAGGUGCCGAAAGGACUGAGUGAACGAGUCAUGGAUUAUAUCGUGUCUACUUGGUCCAUGUCCAGAGGCAUUGACACAGAGAAGGUCCUGCAGAUAUGCCCGAAGGACAUGAGAGCUGACAUCUGCGUGCACCUGAACCGCAAGGUAUUCAAGGAGCACCCAGCCUUCCGGCUGGCCAGCGAUGGCUGCCUGCGGGCACUGGCCAUGGAGUUCCAGACAGUGCACUGCGCCCCGGGGGACCUCAUCUACCAUGCAGGAGAGAGUGUCGACAGCCUCUGCUUUGUGGUCUCUGGCUCCCUGGAGGUGAUCCAGGAUGAUGAGGUGGUAGCUAUCCUAGGGAAAGGAGACGUGUUUGGAGAUGUGUUCUGGAAGGAAGCCACGCUUGCCCAGUCCUGUGCCAACGUUAGGGCCUUGACCUACUGUGACCUGCAUGUGAUCAAACGGGAUGCCUUGCAGAAAGUGCUGGAAUUCUACACAGCCUUCUCCCACUCCUUCUCCCGGAACCUGAUUCUCACCUACAACUUGAGGAAGAGGAUCGUGUUCCGGAAGAUCAGCGACGUGAAACGGGAGGAGGAAGAGCGCAUGAAACGGAAAAACGAGGCUCCCCUCAUCUUGCCCCCAGACCACCCUGUCCGGCGACUCUUCCAGAGAUUCCGACAGCAGAAAGAGGCGAGGCUGGCGGCAGAGAGAGGAGGACGGGACCUGGACGACCUGGAUGUGGAGAAGGGCAGCAUCCUCACAGAGCAUACAUCGGCCAACCACAGCCUUGUGAAGGCCAGUGUGGUCACUGUCCGCGAGAGCCCUGCCACACCCGUGUCCUUCCAGGCAGCCCCCACCUCCGCCACAGUGUCAGACCACGCCAAGCUCCAUGCGCCGGGGUCCGAGUGCCUCGGCCCCAAGGGGGGUGGAGGUGACUGUGCCAAGCGCAAAGGCUGGGCCCGCUUCAAAGAUGCUUGCGGGAAGGGCGAGGACUGGAACCAGGUGUCCAAGGCUGAGUCGAUGGAGACACUGCCUGAGAGGACAAAGGCGUCGGGUGAGGCCACGCUGAAGAAGACAGACUCAUGUGACAGCGGCAUCACCAAAAGCGACUUGCGCCUGGACAACGCGGGCGAGGCCCGGAGUCCCCAGGACCGGAGCCCCAUCUUGGCGGAGGUCAAGCAUUCUUUCUAUCCCAUCCCUGAGCAGACACUGCAGGCCACAGUCCUGGAGGUGAAGCUCGAGCUGAAGGAAGACAUCAAGGCCUUGAACGCCAAAAUGACCAACAUUGAGAAACAGCUCUCUGAGAUACUCAGGAUACUAACUUCCAGAAGAUCCUCUCAGUCUCCUCAGGAGCUGUUUGAAAUAUCGAGGCCCCAGUCCCCAGAAUCAGAGAGAGAGAUUUUUGGAGCAAGCUGA